AUGGCAACUCAAACGCAGCAGCCGCCUCACCUGCGCCUGGCCGAGCUCACCGCGGCGCAGUUCGUGGACAUCUGGAAGCAUUUUGACGCAGACGGAAACGGUUACAUCGAAGGGAAGGAGCUGGAGAACUUCUUCAAAGAGCUGGAGACCGCGAGACGAGGAGCGGGAGUGGAUCCCUCACACGCUGCGUUCAAAGAGAAGAUGAAGGAGUUCAUGGCCAACUUUGACAAGAAUGCUGAUGGGAGAAUCGAGAUGUCGGAGUUGGCUCAGAUUCUGCCCACAGAAGAAAACUUCCUGCUCUGUUUCAGAGAGUUUGUUGGAUCCAGCGCUGAAUUCAUGGCAGCCUGGCGGAGGUAUGACACCGACCGUAGUGGGUACAUCGAGUCCAACGAGCUGGAGGGUUUCCUGUCAGACCUGCUGAAGAAAGCGAACAGAAACUACGAUGCCAAGAAGCUCAAUGACUACACGCAGACUAUUCUGAGGAUGUUCGAUCUGAACGGCGACGGGAAGCUGGGCCUCUCCGAGAUGGCGAGGCUGCUGCCCGUCGAGGAAAAUUUCCUGCUGAAGUUCCAGGGCAUCCGACUCACCGUGAAAGAAUUCAACUCCCUCUUCGUCCUCUAUGAUAAGGAUGGUAACGGUUAUAUCGAUGAGCAGGAGCUGGAUGCUUUGCUGAAGGACCUCUGCGACAAGAACAAAAUGGACGUGGACUCGACAGGCCUGGUGGAUUACAAGAAGAGCAUCAUGGCUCUGUCUGACGGAGGGAAACUGUACCGCGCCGAGCUGGAGAUCGUCCUCUGCCGGGACUCCACGCUGUGACCUCCCUGCCUGGGACCCCGCCACCCUCCCCUGCUGCCUCCUGUCCUUCCUA